AUGCUGGCCCUGGUGCUUUAUCUACAAGCAUUCUUCUCUUCAGCUUCAGCGUCGAGUCUCGUCACUCAAUCCAGCGACGAGCGCUCAACGUCGUGGUUCGACUGGGGCUGGUACGGCGCCUAUCCACACAAGAACUACGAAUCGUUUGGCGCGCAAUCACCAUGGCCGCUUGUGGUGAAGACGGACGAGCGAUGCGAUAACGGAUACAUCUUUGCCGAACCGCGAGGGUUCUAUGUCGACACGCCGGGUCCAGUGAUACUCGAUAAUGCUGGCAAUCUUGUAUGGAUGGAGACUCGAUGGGGAGAGGCCAUGGACGUCAAGGUGCAGCGCUUCAAUGGAAAGGACUACAUCACCUUUUGGCAUGGAACAGAUAAUGGUACAUUUGGCGAAGGAUACUACUUGAUGUUGGAUGAAUCAUAUGAAGUCUUUAAGAAAGUGGUGCCAAUUGGCGACUUCACCGGCGACCUUCACGAGUUCCGAAUCACUGAAGAGGGCACCGCUCUCAUGACCAUCUACAACCGAAAACCCGCCGACCUGUCCGCAUACGGGAUCCCCGACGGCUGGAUCUUUGACAGCAUCUUCCAAGAGAUCGACCUAAACACGAACAAGCUCGUCUUUGAAUGGCACGCCUCCGACCACUUUCCAAUCAGCGACACCCUCGCGCCCAUCAAUGGACAGGGCAAGACGGCGAAAAACGCGUUCGACUUCUUUCACAUUAACAGCGUUGACAAGGACGAGGCGGGAGACUAUAUAAUAUCGUCGCGCUACUACUGCAGCGUCGCCGCGAUCAGCGCAAAGGAUGUGAGUGUUCUCUGGCAGCUUGGCGGUGCGAAUAGCUCGUUCGGCGACCUCUCUGACGGAGCUGCUUCCAACUUUACAUGGAACCAUCAUGCUGCCUGGCAGGGAAAGAAUAAUUUGACAGUGUUUGACAAUGGCUCGAAUGGACAUCAGAACUCGGCGAAGCACAGUCGUGGUCUCAUGAUCAAUCUCGACAUGGACGCAAUGACAGUGAGCUUGGAACAAGAGUACAUCUCGCCUCAAAAGAUGCUCUCCCCUUCCCAAGGCUCCGUCCAAGUACUCCCGAAUGGCAACGUCCUCGUCGGAUGGGGACAUGUCCCCUCUUUCACCGAAUUCUCACGAGAAGGCGAAGUCCUCUGCGACACACACAUCGGCCCCAUCAACUUUGACAUCUUCUCCUGGGUAAAGAACUAUCGCACGUUCAAGUAUCCAUGGGUCGGACGUCCCAAGACCCUCCCGGAUGUCGCGAUGCGACCAAAGAAGAAUGCUCUUUUUGUCAGCUGGAACGGCGCCACCGAGGUGUAUAGCUGGCUGCUGCAGAGCGCCUCUGACGCCUUGAGUGACGAGUUUCACGAUCUCGGGUUUACCGAGAAGACGGCUUUUGAGAUGAUGAUUAGAAUCCCCAAGGACGCGGAUGAGUUUAUUCGCGUGGCCGCGGUUGACAAGGACGGUCGUGUUCUCGCUUAUUCAACACCAGUGUCCAAGAACGAGUACAUCGUCACCAGGUUGCUUGAUGCGCCGAUGAGAGGAAGCCGAAUGGAGCCUUUGCACAUUCUAUGCCUCAGUAUACUCGGCGCAGCGAUCGGUGUCUGCAUUGUCUUUGUCUUUCGGUUCACAAUACAUCGUGGCAUCAACAGAGUGCUACGUCGGGCGGCACCGUUCAAGUAUCAGGCCCUUCCAAUGCAUUCAUAG